AGAAAUCAGCAAUGUCCCGACUGAAAUGUUGCCUUAAAGUCACUUUAAAACUUGUGUAGUUAUUAUUUGACUCUCCAACAAGAAAUAUUAAGUUAAAAAUAUGUGAAACAGACAGAAGGGGCUGAGUUCAGUCAAGGAGUUUGUGAACAGAAACAGAUGAGAGUGAUCAUUCUUAGAACAGCUCGGUAGUGCUUCAGGGAGCUGGGAGUGGUCUGGCGUUGGUUCUGGCUGUUGAUUUGAACAUGUGGGGCGUCUGGCUGAUUGUUGGAGAGUUGAUCCAGACGAGAUGCUGAUUCGUUUAUUUGAACGAGUGGAGAAUGAAAAAGACAAACUUUCAGAAGGUGGACUGGUGUAUGUAGCUUCUGUGGGAAAAGGACAGGUCCUCUUUGCUCAGUGAGGGUAGAUGGCGACACCUGAACAGGUCCUCUUGGGAACUUUGGAGGAUUUGGGAGAGGAUGACUUUAAAAAAUUCAAGUGGCUCUUGCUGCAGGAGGGAGUCCUGGAAGGCUUCCCAGCAAUCAGAAAGAGCCGACUGGAGAAUGCAGACAGGAUGGACACAGUGGAUCAGAUGGUGCAGACCUACUGUAUAAACACCAUCAAAGUGACCAGAAUGGUUUUGAGGGAGAUAAAUCAGAAUAUUCUCAUGGAGAAAUUAUCAAACACCAUCUCAGAGCCUAUAGAGAUUCUCACUGAGUGCCAGCGUAAACUCAAAACCAACCUGAAGAAGAAGUUUCAAUGUGUGUUUGAGAAAAUCACAAAAUCGGGAAGUUCAAAACCUCUCCAUGAGAUCUACACUGAGAUCUAUAUCAUGAUGGAAGAAACAGGGGAGGUCAACAUGGAACAUGAGGUCAGACAGAUUGAAACAGCAACCUGGAAACAACCAACACUGGAAACAAUAAUCAGAUGUGAACAUAUUUUCAAAGCCUCAUCUGGAGGAGAUGAACCAAUCAGAACAGUGAUGACAAAGGGAGUGGCUGGCAUUGGGAAAACAGUCUUAACACAGAAGUUCACUUUGGACUGGGCUGAAGACAAAGACAACCAGGACAUACAGUUCAUAUUUCCAUUCACUUUCAGAGAGCUGAAUGUGCUGAAAGAGAAAAAGUUCAGCUUGGUGGAACUUGUUCAUCACUUCUUCACUGAAACCAAAGAAGCAGGAAUCUGCAGGUUUGAAGAGUUCCAGGUUGUGUUCAUCUUUGACGGUCUGGAUGAGUGUCGACUUCCUCUGGACUUCCACAACACUGAGAUCCUGACUGAUGUUACAGAGUCCACCUCAGUGGAUGUGCUGCUGACAAACCUCAUCAGGGGGAAACUGCUUCCCUCUGCUCGCCUCUGGAUAACCACACGACCUGCAGCAGCCAAUCAGAUCCCUCCUGAGUGUGUUGACAUGGUGACAGAGGUCAGAGGGUUCACUGACCCACAGAAGGAGGAGUACUUCAGGAAGAGAUUCAGAGAUGAGGAGCAGGCCAGCAGAAUCAUCUCCCACAUCAAGACAUCACGAAGCCUCCACAUCAUGUGCCACAUCCCAGUCUUCUGCUGGAUCACUGCUACAGUUUUGAAGAACAUGUUUAAAACCAGAGAUGGAGGAGAUCUGCCCAAGACCCUGACUCAGAUGUACAUCCACUUCCUGGUGGUUCAAUUCAAAGUAAAGAAUGUUAAGUAUCAUGGAGGAGCUGAGAGAGAUCCACAUUGGACUCUGGAGAGCAGGAAGAUGAUUGAGUCUCUGGGGAAACUGGCUUUUGAGCAGCUGCAGAAAGGAAACCUGAUCUUCUAUGAAUCAGACCUGACAGAGUGUGGCAUCGAUAUCAGAGCAGCCUCAGUGUACUCAGGAGUAUUCACAGAGAUCUUUAAAGAGGAGAGUGAACUGUACCAGGACAAGGUGUUCUGCUUCAUCCAUCUCACUGUUCAGGAAUUUCUGGCUGCUCUUCAUGUCCAUCUGACGUUCAUCAACUCUGGAGUCAAUCUGCUGUCAGAAGCAACACGGUGGUCUAAAUUAUUUAGAAAUAAACCUCAACCUACUCAUCUCCACCAGAGUGCUGUGAAGAAGGCCUUACAGAGUCCAAAUGGACACCUGGACUUGUUCCUCCGUUUCUUCUUGGGUCUUUCACUGGAGACCAAUCAGAAUCUCCUACGAGGUCUGCUGACACAGGCAGAAAGUAGCUCAGAGACCAAUCAGGAAACAGUCCAGUACAUCAAGAAGAAGAUCAGUGAGAAUCAGUCUCCAGAGAGAAGCAUCAAUCUGUUCCACUGUCUGAAUGAACUGAAUGAUUGUUCUCUAGUGGAGGAGAUCCAACAGUACCUGAGAUCAGGAAGUCUCUCCACAGAUAAACUGUCUUCUGCUCAGUGGUCAGCUCUGGUCUUCAUCUUACUGUCAUCAGAGAAAGAUCUGGAUGUAUUUGACCUGAAGAAAUACUCUGCAUCAGAGGAGGCUCUUCUGAGGCUGCUGCCAGUGGUCAAAGCCUCCAAAAAAGCUCAGCUGAGUGACUGUAACCUGUCAAAGAGAAGCUGUGAAGCUCUGUCCUCAGUUCUCAGCUCCCAGUUCUCUAGUUUGAGAGAGCUGGACCUGAGUAACAACGACCUGCAGGAUUCAGGAGUGAAGCUGCUGUCAUCGGGACUGAAGAGUCCACACUGUGAACUGGAAACUCUCAGUCUGUCAGGCUGUCUGGUUACAGAGAAAGGCUGUUCUGCUUUGGCCUCAGCUCUGAGCUCUAAUCCCUCCCAUCUGAAAGAACUGGACUUGAAAUACAAUCAUCCUGGAGACUCAGGAGUGAAGCUACUUUCUGCUGGACUGGAGGAUCCAGACUGGAGACUGGACACGUUAUGGGUGGACCAUGGUGGAGAACUGAGACUUACACCUGGACUGAGGAAAUAUUUCUGUGAACUCACAGUUGACACAAACACAGUGAACAGGAAACUCAAACUGUCUGACAACAACAAGAAGGUGACACACGUGAAAGAAAAGCAGCCAUAUCCUGAUCAUCCAGAGAGAUUUAGCCCCUGGCCUCAGCUGCUGUGUAGAACUGGUCUGACUGGUCGAUGUUACUGGGAGGUCGAGUGGAGAGGAGAGGUUGAUGUCGCAGUGACUUACAGAGGAAUCAGAAGGAAAGGAUUCAGUAAAGACUGUUUGUUUGGAGGAAAUGAUCAGUCCUGGAGUCUGAAGUGCUCUGAUAGGGAUGGUUAUUCUGUCUGGUACAAUAACAGAAGAACACUCCUCCCUCACUCCUCCUCCUCUGGUAGAGUAGCAGUGUAUGUGGACUGUCCUGCUGGCACUCUGUCCUUCUACAGAGUCUCCUCUGACUCACUGAUCCACCUCCACACCUUCAACACCACAUUCACUGAACCUCUUUAUCCUGGGUUUGGGUUUGGUUUCAUCAAGACAAUUGACUCCUCAGUGUCACUGUGUUCACUGUAGGAGGAAAAGUCUCAUGCUAUGUACAGAAAUACUCACAAUAUAAAGAGCAGCUGAAAUAACUGUUUAACCUGUAUACUAACACACAACUUACAAUGAUGAUAUAAUCAUUUAUAGCUGUUCACUUAAGUUUUAUUCCUGUUGUAAAAUAGCAUGAUUCAUUAUUAAAGUGGGGAGACUGUUUGUGGUAACUGAACAUGGUUCAAUUAUUAUGCACUGUUUACUAUUGUUUAAGAACACUGACACUGUAUCUAGAAUGUCAACCAAUUGUUGUGCUAAACACAUUUCAUGGAUGAGAAACCUACUUUUGCAAACCAAGAAAUAUAAUGAACUGUUCACUGCAGGGUGUGAGUGUGUAACAAGCAGAGGAGGACUUGUUAACACAAAGGGACUAACUGCCCUGCUAAGAACAGUACUAGUAGACCUGGCUGGCUCGCCAGAAUUUAUUCGGCAGUGUUUCCCUUCCUGUGAAAGCAAUCUAAGCCGAGCCCUGUGAAUGAAACGUUCUCUCCAUUAAUUGUGAGCAAGAAGACAACUGGCACCAAAGUAAAUCAGAGAUCAGAAAUGUUUCAGAGAUCCUUCAUUACAGGGCUUUUCAAAGGCCAGAUUGCAAGUCAUUUCCAUGGAUCAAUUAAUUGUUAGUGAUGUCGUUGAAGUUGUGGAGACAUUAACCACUGAAGAGAGUAGUGAGAGUGUUGUGACUGCUGAGUUCAUGCAUGUUACACUGCAGAAUUUGCUGUCAGCUUGUGAGUCAUAGAUAAAUAAUAUGUCUCAUUAUACAGCACACAGUUUCUACAGCUACUGUAAAUGUAGUUGUAGAGUAUGUUGGAGUUGAAAUCUUGGAAGACUCUCCGCCACACUGAUUUAAUAUAAAACUGUGCUGAGCUGUUGGGCCAUGUUUCGGUUUUGUUUAUCUCCAUGAAUGUGUCUAUGCUUUCCUCCUCUGCUGUCUCUCUGUGCUGGAGUUUGACACACUCAGGGGGACUUCAUUCAGGAGCACAUCUCAAACUCUGAAAUCCACAUUACUGUGUAUGGCAAGGGAUAUCUGUUGCAACAGGGGUCCCAUGGUGCAUUCAUUGCUCCUUAAAAGAAGUGUUAUUGACAGUUGGUACAAAGACAUGACAAAGAUUAAUUUUAACCCCAGACAAUAUGGUUUCAACACAAAUAACUUUUCACUGGGCAUCCUUAUGUUGUUGUGAAAGUCACGUAUACAGAUGCUUCUUAUAUCUGUGAACUACACCAUUUUAUUUUGAAUGCAUAAGAUUAUCACAUAUCUUGUCUACAUGAUGAUGAACUCUGCAGCUUUUUUUGUGACAUGCGUUUUUGUUUCACUUUCCAUGGAAAGUGAAGCGAUUUUACCAGAAGGAAAUGCACAAAACUCAUAUAGUUCUUUAUUUACCUAUUCACACUAACUUUGUGCAUGUAAAAUCGUAAUAGUGCUGAGGUGGAAAAACAGUUCAAGUUUAGGUCUUUGAAAACCCAUUUAACUAUAUAUUGCAAGGUUUGAAAUUUCACUGGCUACAGGAUCACAGAAGUUUAUGAAUUGGGGUGGAAUGGAUGUACAAAGUCCAAGGUUGAGACGCUGACAUCCAGCAUUUGCAUCCUGUAUGUGGUUAGGGUUGGACAUCAAAAGCACUUUGGUUAAGAUUAACACUUUCAUUUUGGUGAAGGCAGGGAGAAUCAGAAGUCUACCCUUUGGGAUUAAUGUACAUAGACACUGAAAAUGCAUGUCAAUGUAAGCUACAUGAUUCUUACACAUUUUUGGCAAUAUUUCACAGAAUGCAAAAUACCAGAGCCCUUGAACUA